AUGGCUUCCGACCUGCCCAGCAAGGACCAGCUCCACCAACAAGUUGUCGACGGUCGACCGAUCACCACAUCCGAGGUCGCAGACAUUGCUCAUGCCGAGUUUGAGAGAUCAGAUGCCGGCCCGAUCAAGGGCGGAUCCGCAGCCACAGCCCAGAGCUUGCAUGAUAAGCAGCAGAACUUUUUGGAAAAGGCCGGCGACAUCGCUCGCAAGUAUCCUGGUGAGGUCACGAAGCAAGAUGCUGCUGAGGUGCAACGCGCAGAGGCUCGACUCUUGGGUGAGCGUCCCGGCAAGGGAUCUACGUCGGCCAAGGUGCAGUCACUUGCAGACCAGAACGCUGCUUCGAUAGAAAAGUAA